CGAGGCCAGGAACGAUGGGCCGGAAGCUGGACCUGUCGGGCCUGACGGACGACGAGGCGGAGCACGUCUUGAAAGUGGUCAAGCGGGACAUGAAGCUGCGAAAGAAGGAGGAGGAGAGGCUGAGUGAGCUGAAGCAGGAGCUGGCGGAGGAAGGCAGCAGAUGCUCCAUCCUCUCCAAGCAGCACCGCUUCAACGAGCACUGCUGUAUCCGCUGCUGCGCGCCCUUCACCUUCCUGCUCAACCCCAAGCGCCAGUGCCUGGACUGCCAGUACAACGUCUGCAAGACCUGCUGCACCUACAACAAGAGGGACAAAGCCUGGCUCUGCUCUGCAUGCCAGAAGGGCAGGAUUUUAAGGACACAGUCGCUUGAAUGGUAUUAUAACAAUGUGAAGAGUCGCUUCAAGAGGUUCGGCAGUGCCAAGGUUUUGAAGACUCUGUACAGAAAGCACAUUAUAGAGAGAGGAACGCUCUCUGAUCUCCCAGAAAGCAGUGUUCACGAGGGAAGCACCGGCAACGACAAUGAUGGCAGCAUCUGUGGCAGUGACUCCGCCUUCUACAAACAGAGUGAAGGACACAGUAUGGCAGAGACGCUCACAGUCGCCCUACGUGUUGCUGAAGAGGCUAUAGAGGAGGCCAUUGCUAAGGCAGAGGAGUUCAGUGACAGCUUGGAAAAGCAGAAUGAGGCUCGGUAUCUGCGGGACCACAAAGAGGAGCUCAUAGAGGAACUUGCCACAACCAUUGUACAAAAAAUCAUCCAGAGGAGGAAGUGUUCAGAGAUGCAGACAGAGUAUGAGUUUGUCUGGCCUCAGCCUCAGUCCCUGAUCCAGCCCAGUGAACUCCCCUCUCCGUCUCAGCCUCAAGCUUCUUCACAAGGACCACAGGACCCCCUCAAGACCUCCUACUCCCUCUGGCGGUCACGGUCAGCGUUCUCCCUCACCAGUGACGACUCCCCAGAGAAGGGUCCAGAGGAGGAGGGUGCCGGGGCGGGCGGUGGCUUGCAAGAGUAUGCUUCUCUGAAGAGGGAGGGCAAGGCCACGUCUCUACCCAGCUGGAAGAGUGUAGACCGCUUGGAUAACUCCAGUGCAUCCUCAGUGCUCCAGAGCCCAGACGGUAACUGGAUCGCUCUGCACAGCUCACAGCUGUCUCGGCCCAGCCUGCUAACCAAGAGGAAGAGCCUGGUGUUUAGCGUGUUGGAAAAGGAGUCCGGCGUCGUCUCAGCUUACGACGAGAUGGGAUCCAACUCUGAGGAGGACGACGAAGGCGGCUGGGGUGCGGCGUUGCGGCAGUUCCGGCGCAAACUGUCCGAUGAGACUUACUACACGGACUCGCAGCACGACCCGGAGUGGACAUACACCCAGCACCUUCCCAUUACCUCACCGUCCUCUGGCCAGUACACCAACACAGAGACUCUCAACUCCGACUCAGAGGCCUCAUCGGUGCUGUCCGCAUGUCCUCGCAAACCACCUCACAACCUGCUGAGGAAGAAAGGACCGCUGGACACACACCUGCACCCUCAUCACCAGCCGCUCUACCACCAACACCUUCACCAGAACUUCUCUCCGUAUCCACUCCACUCAGAGGCACUGGAUGUGAACUUUAACCCUAAGGUGAUGGGAGACAGCAGCGAGGCUGAGGAGAGGCAGAGUGACCCGGUCAGAAAAUCACGCCGACGCAGGAAAAGCAAGAGAGAGUCGUCAGCAGAGCAGAGCAGGCCUGCAGGCCAGAGCCACGCACAGUCCAUCUACCCAUUAGUACAGGAGAAUGGUGGUUUUCUACUCAAUGCCCUUCUGAAGAGGGGUUUAAGUGUGGAACAGUCAGUACCUGACACUAUGCCAGUGGCCACAGCUGCACCAGACGCCUUCAAAUUAGAUGCCAUGACACCCGACACAGUGACCCCAAAUUCAGCAGCCCCCAGCCCUCCACAGCCCCACUCUCUGGCUCCGGGAUCCCAGCACUCGCCCAGCAGCUCAGGGCCUGGAGACCCUCUGGAAGAGGAGCUGCGAUCCAGACUCAGCCAGCUGGUCAGCCGUGCCAACAGCAAAGACAGCAGCUCAUCUGAAGAGGAGUGCACAAAGCAACCUGUGAACAAACAGACGGAUAAAGAAAGUGACAGACAGAGAGAGAAGAUGAGGCCAAAAGAUGCAGAGAGAGAAAGGCAGAGGGCAAGUGAAAGAUUAAGAGACAGGACCGGCAGUAAGGAAAGAGAGAGAACAAGUGAAACAGUGGAACAAGUGAAUGGACAAGAGAUGAAAAGAAGUGAGAGACUAAAAAAGAGUCUUUCAGUGAGAGAAGAAGGAAGAGUUAGGGAGAAGAGGUUAGAGAAAGGAGUGGAAUGUUUGGAAGAGAAAGUACCAAAGUACAUCCAGGAGCAAAAGAGAGGAGAUAAAAGAGAGCCGAAUAGACAAAGUAAGAGACAACAUAAAAGAGAUGUGGACAAGGAAGCAGAACAGAAAGGAGGAGCAAGGAGUGGAUCCAGCGCAAGUUCACCUGCUAUUACACCUUCUUCCCAGGAGGGGGUGCUGUCAGACAACCAGGAGGGACAGAACGACUUGGAGCAACAGCAGAGGCUUCAGUUGCUCUCUUCUCUCUUGCAGCAGCAGAAGUACUCGGCGGCCUCUCUCUGCAGCAUCACCACAGAGGUGCUGAAGGUUUUGAACGCUACAGAGGAGCUGAUUGGUGAGGCAGGAGGUGAGAGCUAUACCCCAUCAGAGUCCAUGAGUGCUUCCCCCAUCUCCAGUAGCUCUGAGACCCGCAGGCUGGACCAGAGGCUGACCAAGAUGGAGGAGAAUGUGUACCUGACUGCUGGUGCUGUGUACGGGCUUGAGGGGGCGCUGGGGGACCUGGAGCAGUGUGCCCGCAGUAUUAGCAGUGGCACCACAGACACAGAGCUUGCCUUCCUGGAGGACCAGGUGGCCACCGCAGCCGCUCAGGUUCAGCAGUCUGAAUUACAGGUAUCAAAUAUUGAGGCCAGGAUAUCAGCUCUGAAAACAGCAGGGUUGAAUGUGGCUGUCAGCAAUCGCUUCUCCAAGAUCAAGCCAAUGGCUAAGCCUCAAACCCUGGACUCAUCACGCCAUCAAAGGAGGAAGCUUCCAGCCCCUCCACUGAAAGAAAAGUUGGAGCCAGAGCAGCAGGUGAAAGUGUUUCGGCCACAGUGACAGUCAGCAGCACAACGAGUCCCUCAGGGCCACUUCAGAGCCCCAGGGACGGGGGGCCCUCUCAUCCAGUGCCUUGAUCCAGUGUCGCCUCCAGCUCCAGGCCAAGCAGGGGCCAACACCUGCCCUGUGUGAUCCACCAAGCACUCAGCCCUCAGCCAGGCACGGUACCGCAUCAGUCAAAUGACUCACGGAAGACAUGACUGGCUCUUUCCUCUUUUCCACUUUAUCCUCCAUUUUGUCCUGCUCACCAUGCACAUAUCAUCAAGCAAGGAUGACUCAACAGUCAGUGUCUCUGCCUUAAAAAUCUGCAAACACUCCUCAUGACCCAAGUGAAAAAGAAUAUCUGUACAGACAAAAAGAACUCUCAUUUCCUUUUUUUAAUCUGUCUGCAAGAGUAUCGUGAGUUACUGUACAAUGACGACGUGGAAAAAUCAUGUGAAACUUUCUGUGAUUCAGUGUCCCAAAAAGAGGCUGAGCCGUGUUUUAUACUGCAUCUUCUUUUUCACCAAAUGAAAUGUCAUGAGGAAUCUUAUCAUACUGUAAGCCCCUUCAGAGCUUUUUUGGAUGAUUGUCCUUGUUCACACCCACAGCUAUCAGAUGGUAAUCCUCAUUUGGGGAAUGAUUGUAACACCUUUGACAUUUUAACCAUUUAAAAAAAUGUAUGCACUUACCAGGAAAUAGUAUUUAGAUGUGCAAAGUAUCAGACCAAAACAUUUUUGUCCUUCCUUCCUGCCACUGAAAUUGCUAGAUGGCAAUAAUGGAACACAAAGCACACUUGAGAAAUCUGUCAUUCUUUAUAAACAGCCUCAGUAGUUGAAGGAAUAGUUUGACAUUUUGGGUAGUAUUCCUCUGUUUUGCUAAGAGUUACGGGAGAAGAUUGAUACCACUCUCACUUCUGUUCAGUAAAAGUGUAGCCUGUUAGCUUAGCUUAGCAUGAAGACUGGAAACAGAGGGAAAACAGCUACCCUGACUCUGUUCAAAAAAACAACUAUUCCUUAAAUAAAUGCAAACUGCAAUGACUUACUGGGGAAGUGCGCUCCCAUUUAUUUAGAAAAGGAAAUAACUCCUCAGUAGACACACACACACACACACACACACACACACACACACACUACAGCCUUAAUGUGGAAGCUGUGAGCUUUUACAUUGAAAUUAGUCAAAAUAAGGUUUGGUUAAUGUCUGAAUGUCAGAUAAACUCGGCUCAACCUAAAUCUCCAUAGGUUUGACAUUCAGCUUUGGUCUGACAGCCUUCCCUCAUACAGUAUUCUUCAACCUAAAGUCAUUUUCUUCCUCUCUGUCAGUUCCUUUGUUUACUUUCAAACGUGGCCUUUUAUUUGAACUAAAAGGUAUUUUCAUGUUUCCCCUUCGCUGGGUCAUGUCCAAACUUUUGUGUUACAUUGCAAAGAUUUUUACAUAAUGAAGUCUGACGGGCUAUAUAACAAAUGCCAUGAAACCAUGAUUUUGUUACAAGCAAUUUAUUUUUGUACUUACUGAACGUUUUUAUGCAAUACCACUGAAACACGUACUAUUGCAAAUUAAAGGCUUUAUUCUCUCCUCAAAGGAGCCCUCCUCAGCCAGUCCUAUCAGACUCUCAUGUGUGAUGAUUCAAAGUGCUUUCAGUGUAUGCCUGCAUUUACCAUUUGAUAUUCUGCCAGUAAUGACGAUGGUAAAUGUUAAAUAAACAAAGGUGACAUCAGGCAUUUUUGGAGCGGCUAGUACGAUUCAUACUGUAUUUUACUCCUUAAACACUAGAUUUGAGAAUAUUGCCUUUCAUUUUUGGGUUAUUUUUCUUUACUCUGUGACCACUUAUAUUAGUCAGAAUCUCAGUUGGCCAUGCGGUUGUCAAAGGUUUUUUGCUGUGGUUACAGCUUAAGAGCAGAGUUGGAUUUCCUGAUAGACUGCUUGAACUAAAAGGUGCAAUGAUCUUCUGUAUGAAUGCUCUGCCAUUUCUAUUAGUGACCUUUUCAUCCCAGCCUUUCACAUCUCUGUUUUUCCUGUACUUUUGUCAAUCUUGUUCUCCAGAGGUGUUGGUGUAUAAAAGCAUGUUUCUGGUUUUAUCACAAUUGAUGUAAAAUGUUCCAUGAGAAGCACAGCCACAAGGGUCCAAUCAUCAGUGUCCUGUAUUUUUCUAAUGUAAAAAAAAAAUUAAUAAUCUCAUCACAGAAUUUGUUAAUAUGUAUAUGUGUGAAAAGAUGGAUAUGAUACAGAAUAAUAUAUGAAUUGCCCAAUCAUAGUUGACCAAUCUUUCUAUGUUGUGUGAAAGAGACUGUGUGCAAUUGUCAUGACUUGUAAGGCUUGAUUCACACAGGAAGUUUAAUUUACUACUGUAACUGUGUCCCAGAUACUCAGAAAUGAUGAGAUUCACACAGAGUUAAAAACAAAUCUUACUUUUGUUCUUGUUUAAAUCCAGUGUGAGUGACUACAAUGAGGUUCACUGUGCACAGCUCCACAGGGGGGCAUUCACUUUAAUGUGCAAUCGUUCGUUGCAAUCCAUAUGACAUGUUGGGGAAAAUAUUAACAAGCAAAAAAUACAGAUUCUCUAUGUGCCACAGUACUCUGAGGAAAACAAAUGUAUUAUAAAAUGAAUAAAAUUUGCAAACCUAAA